AUGGUGCUGAAGAGAAUAAUAAGAAGAGUGGAGCAUAGUAAAUGGGCCACACUGCUGGUGGUUGUGCCCAAACCAGGCGGAAAAAUAUGGAUUUGUGGUGACUAUAAGGUCACGGUGUACCCGCAACUAGAUAUCAGUCAGUACCCAUUGCCCAAGCUAGACGAUUUGUUUCUCAUGUUACAUGACGGCAAGAAGUUUUCGAAAGUUGAUCUUUCUGAUGCUUGCCACGUGGUCGAUGAAAAGGGCAUUAGACCAUCUCCUAGUAAAUUAAAACCGAUGCUGAACAUGCCAGAGCCUAGGAAUAUAAAAGAAUUGAACUCUUACCUAGGCAUGAUACAGUACUAUGGGAAAUUCAUCCCUAGAUUAGCUACGUUGGCAGCGCCGUUGAACAGUCUGCGCAGGAAAGGUGCACCGUGGAGAUGGGGGUGCCGAAGAAAGAGAAGCUUUCACAAAGAUCCGUGA